AUGAAAAAAGAAUCACGAAGAAAUGGGCUGAAGCGCGAAAGGUCAACUAAUUUACGUAAUGCAUUGAAUCAAUUAAAAAGAGCUAAUGUAUUUGAUGUCAAAGCAGUCAUGCGCGUGCUCGAAUUGACUUACGGAAGAAGUGGUCCAAAAAGAUAUGAGUUGCUUAAGACUUGUAUCAAUUAUCCUAGCCCAUCUCCUCAGCCCUUUCUUCGUAAAGUUCCAAGAACUGCCCCACCACGCAUUUCACCAUCACUUCAAGCAUUAUUAUCAUCACAGGAUAAAUCUCUUUAUCCAAUUUUACCCGAGCCAAAACAUAAGCCACUACAUCCGCGUCGAAAAGCGAAUAUCAUGUGGUGGCAUUACUCUAAAAUUAUGAAACAAGUAAUGCCACCGGUUACCAAAGAAGAGUUAGAAAUAUUAGAACAAAAAGCUGGGAAAGGCACGUUGUCAUCUGAAGGUUUAGCAAGGAUUGGAAGGAAUUUUGUUAUUAAAGAUAAGAGUAGUAUGACUUUGAGGCUUCCAAACAUUCCUAAUAUGCCAAAGACUCCACGUGACCUUGUUAAAGAAGACCCAAAAUUACACAUUGGAAACAAUAAACCUGACAAAAAUUACAUCAAUCAUCCUAUUAACCCACCUGAUCCAAGUAAAAUUUUUGUCAUUACUAAGUCUCCUUGGGCAGAUGGACGUCCAAUAGCUUUAGUUAAAAAGAUUGAUUGGAAAGGAUUAAACCCUGAAGAAGUGGAAAAUCAAAUCGGCGAUAUUCGAGAUAUAAAUUUUUAUAAAUUAAAAGGCAUUGGUAUAACUGCAUUGGCAUUUGAUAAAGAUAAUACGCUAACUUCUCCUUAUUCCAAUGAACUUUAUCCACCUUUUAAGGAUGCUUGGAAAGAGGGCAAAGAAGAGUUUGGAAAUGAAAAUAUAGUAGUUGUAUCAAAUAGUGUAGGAACUAAUGAUGAUCCAGGAUUUACUCAGGCCAAAGUAGUCGAAAAAAGUUUAGGCGUUAAUGUAUUACGACACAAAUUAAAGAAACCUUCUUGUGGACACGAAUUGAUUUCUCAUUUUGCAGCACAUAAUCCAUAUACAAUAGCAGUUAUAGGAGAUCGCAUGUUUACGGAUGUGUUGUUUGGGAAUUUGAAUGGGAUGUUUACUAUAUUUACAAAAAGCAUCAUUUCUGAAAAACGGGAUAAUUUCAUGGCUGCAAUGGUACGUCGUGUUGAACAUAAAAUAUUGGAUUAUUAUGUUUCUAAAGGUAUAAAACCUCAAUUUCAUCCAUUUUUAAAGAACGAGGAUUUCAUAUGUUUGAAAAAAAGUUAA